AUGACUACUACCGCUUCCACCGAUGCCACGACCACUAAAAUCCAGGAGACGAGCCGCUUCAACGACCAGUUCGGCGAAAUGAACCCACGGGCCAAGGAAAAGGUAAAGGGAGAGAUGUCGGAUUUCGUGCAGAAAUUCAUUAGCGCAUCGCCCUUUGUAGUAAUGGCCUCCGCUGACCCGGACGGCAACUGCGACGCAUCUCCCAAGGGCGGCAAACCGGGUUUCGUCAAAGUGAUCGACGGCCAGCGUUUGCUGCUGCCCGACGUCGCCGGCAACCGACUAUUCCAGUCCUAUCAGAACAUGGAUGAAAACCCCCACGUCGGCCUGCUGUUCAUGAUCCCCGGGGUCAACGACACCGUCCGCAUCAACGGCACGAUAUCCAUCGUGAACCGAGAAGAACUGGAACAGCAGAAGGUGGAGCUUUCCCUGUACUGGACCGACGACAACGCCAAGCACCUGCAGGGCAUCAUCAUCAACGUGGAAGAGUCAUAUACCCACUGCCCGCGGGCCUACAAUUUCGCCAAGCUGUGGGACACCGAGCAGAUAACCGAAAACCAGACCAACCGGCCGAUCCCACUCCGACCAUAA